AUGGCAGAAAUCAAAGACAAGGUCACAUCGAUUGACUCGAGUCUCUCUCUAGGGGCAAGCAUUGACGCUAUGGCGGACACUACUUCCUCGUCGCCUGCCUCGAGCGUCGAUUCUCAACAUGCUCGGGCUGCACCGGCACCUACACCGACGGGCAAACAUGGUCGGCACGCUUCUCGGCUAUCCUCCAACACAUCCCAAUCGUGGCUACAAUGGAUGUCGGACAAGUACACCAUCCAGUACGCCGUUCCAGCCGCAUACGCACCCGCUGCACUUCAAAUCGCCAACACUGCUUUCCCGCUUGGCGUGCUCUUUGGUCUCGUUCUCCCACGCACCGUUACAUUCUUCAUCGACACUCUCACCUCGACAUCGAAUUUCACGUCGUGGCAAGAGACGCCGUGGUAUGCGUUCCCUCAGCUGCAUCUCUACCUCUUGGCGUGGGUGACAUUCCACAUGCUCGAGUUCAGCGUCACCGCCUCGUACAACCCGACACGCCUGUUUUCCGACAGCUUCCUGCUCAACAAUGGCGUCCACUACCACAUUGCGCAUCUCACAUCCCUCCUUGAGUUCGCUCUCACCGCCCACUUUUACCCCACCAGCAAGGCGCCAGCGUGGUACACGCUGGUCGGCAUAGUGCUCACCAUAGCAGGCCAGCUGUUGAGGAGCAUGGCCAUGAUUCACGCACACAACAAUUUCAGCCACAUCUUGGCGUACAAGAAGCGUACUGAUCAUCAACUCGUCACCACGGGUGUGUACGCUUGGACGAGGCAUCCGAGCUACGUCGGCUUCAGCUACUGGGCUGUAGGCACACAGAUCAUGUUGGGCAACAAGGUGGCUGCGGUCGGAUUCGUGGGCACGCUAUGGUUGUUUUUCAGUCGAAGAAUUAGGGCAGAGGAGCAGAGUCUGGUCGAGUUUUUCGGUCAGGAAUACAUCGAGUAUCGGAAGAAGGUGGGCACUGGUCUGCCUUUCAUCUGA